ACACUCUUAAAAGAAGGUGCACCAGUUGUUGGAGUUGUCUAUGUAUGCUGCUGUGAUAUUGAAACUAUAAGACCCGAUUUUUGUAGCGUGCCACUCAAGAUCUCAUCUCCUCCUCUUUUAUCAGUCAUUACUUGCUGAGCUGGGGUUAUCAAGGGUUAUCUUUACUUUCGCAAACUCCGCCCCUACUACAGGGUAAAUCUGUAGUAAUAAUAUUUUCACACAACCACAAAAACACACCAUAAACAAGAACUGAGGAGAAGAUUUAAGUCUCGAGAGCACCGUAUCACGGCCGAUUUACGUAACAAGAAAAGCCAUUCACGUCUUGUCAAUCCCGUAACGUAACGCGAGACCACUUUCUCCUCCGCAGAGAGAGGGGACACUAGCGAUUAAUUAUUCACGAGUACGUAGGGGAAGUAAGCCCUCGUGGAGGUUGGAAUCGUGAAAAAAUACGUGAAAAUGCGGGUUGAACUGCAAAUAUCGACCAAUUUUACGAAAAAUUUCAUCCAAAUUGGGGACAAAAUUCCACCAAAAAUAAUUUACUCUGGAGAAAAUACGAUAUAAGCUUAUCUUAAAAAUUAUACAUCCUUACUAAAUUUUAGUGACAAUCUUCAUCCAAAAAUAAAUUUCGCACAAAAUAGUGUAGAAAAAUCCAACCUAAAUAAUGUAUUUUGGAGAAAACGCCUCCAUAUUUUUAGCCCAAGUUCUAUUUGUGUUGUUUCCCCUUGGACGAAAUUUCUGGUUGUUUCCCACAAGAAACCAGCGUCUUAUUUACUCUUCCACUUUGUAUUAUUGUUGAAGGUGGUGGAUGAGAAGGAGAGAAAGCGAGGAAGGAACCCAGUCGAGUCGACCAGUCGGGGAAGGAAUGUAGAGGAGAGAAAGCUGGUAAAAUAGUUAGUUGGCUGUCGUGUGAAGAAUCGCGGACAUCGGACACGAAUUCGUGGAGAGCGAGCGGUGGAGAGCAAGGAAGUCUCCCAGAUCGAAUGGGAUUAUUAGCGGGUGCAGGAUAAUGAUUACCAUGACGAUGACGAUGUGUAAAGGGAGACCCGGGUGGUGGGCUGUGGGCCUCCUCGUCCUGACCAUCCUGUCCACCACGACCUGGGCGAGAAACAUUUGUCCAGCCUCCAACGCCCGGUUGACGUGUCAAUGUUCCGUCAAGAGCAAGGGUUUGGUCCUCAUUUGCGACAAGGGCAGCAUGGAGGACGUCAAGGAGAAUAUGCGCAUCUUUAAGGAGUACCCAUCCACCGUGAUUCAGUACUUGACCCUCAGGCAGAUCAAUAUGCCCAGGAUUCCGGACUACGUCUUUAUGGGUCUCGACAUUCGGCACUUGAUCGUGUCGAACACGAACCUGGCGGUGCUGGAGGAACACUCCGUGACGGCACUGGCGACCAAGUUGGAGAUCCUGGAACUGUCGCAAAACUGGAUUCACGACAUCCCCACGAAGGCGAUCAAGCACUUGGGGAACACGCGUCUCCUCACGCUGAACCACAACAACAUCACGGCCCUCGCGGCAGGCGCGUUCGAAGGGAUGCACACCCUGGAGAGACUCGCCCUCUAUGCCAACUCCAUCGCCAGGAUUGAUUCCAAUGCCUUUCGUGGCCUGGAAAAAUUGACCUAUCUGAACUUGGGCAACAACCACUUGACACGUGUCCCGAUCGCAUCGAUAGCCAAAUUGCCAAACCUUGUGAGCCUCGAACUUCAAGAAAACAGGAUUCAAUCCAUUUCAGAAAAUGAUUUCGCAGGGUUGCCAAACUUGGAUAGUCUCAAACUGGGUCACAACCAGAUCACUGUGCUGGGUCCGACCGUUUUCAAAAAUCUCCCCAGAAUGAGCGCCUUGGAAUUGGAGUAUAACGGAAUCAAGAAGGUGGAUGUGACGGCUUUUAACGGAUUGGAAGAGAAAUUGGAAUGGCUGAAAAUGGGUCACAACCACGUGAACGAGAUCCCAACGGAGGCUUUGAAGGGGAUGCACCGCCUCCGCGAGUUUGACUUCAAGGCCAACGACAUCUCGGAAAUCAAGGAGGAUGCCUUCGACGGGUUUGGACGCACGUUGAAAUUUCUCUACCUUCAAGACAAUAGGAUAAGCUCCCUGCCCAUGGCCAUCUUUGGAGAAAUGCACUCCCUCGAGUUCAUCUCCCUCGCCAACAAUUCUCUCCGCCAUUUGGUGCGAGAUGUGUUUCAACCAAUCAUGGAAAACAUUCAGGUCAUCGAUGUUCACGAGAACCACUUGUCCUGCGACUGCGAGCUCUUGUGGUACAAGCAGUGGCUGAUCAAGUCCAUGUCCACCAAUCACGAGAAGGUGAGGGAAAUCGUGCUCAAGACCAUGUGCUGGACCACGUCCCCAAAACACCAGUACAGCGUCACCAAAGCACCGAUUGAAAAGGGAUGUCGCUCCACAUCCAGGGCGGCUAGUUUGUCGACAUUUAUUGAGCUCUUUUACUGCCCUGUGGCCCUCGCGAUGCUCAAUGUCCACCACAAUUUCAACAAUUGAAGCUAUUUGGAGCAUUUUUUAUUUCUUACUUUUCGUCUCAUUUUUUCCAUCAACCAAACUGAACGGACACGUGGAUGAAGUAAUUCGUAAGACGAGAACGUAUAGAAAUUUGUUUGGGGACAAAAUUUGUCUAAAAUAGAUUGACUUUUGAGGCUAAAAUCAGGUUAAAAUCGAUCAAAUCCAACCGACUCGUUAUUAAACAAGUUAAUAAUUCACACGGUUUAAAUUACACAUGAAAUUGAACGUGUCACGAAAUCAUGUUCGCGAAAAGGGAUGACAGUUCCUUUCUCUGUGAAGAAACGUUAUAUUGAUUGAAAACUAUCCAAUCAGAUUGGGAAGGUAUCAUUAAAACUGGAAAUUAUUGAAAAUUGAGUUCCCCUAAAAUUAAAAGAUUUUAAGAAAGAGAUGAGAAAAUCAAUUGCAUAUCAGCAGAAAUAUAAUGAUUCUUGUGCAGAAAAUACAUACAUAAUGGUUUAAAAAAGAAGCAUAAAUAUUUACUUACUCGAACAGAAAUAUGUAUUUACAUAAGUAAACUUGUGGCUUUUACGAUAUCACAAAAGUUUUAGCUGUUUGAAGUGAAAGUAAAACAAGCAGCUUUUCUCUGAGCUACGUUCGUUACGUAAAUAAAUUCAUGUCGAGAGAAAGUUGAACAAAUCGACGACUCAGAUUUUCUGGUGGAGCAGAAUCGUAGUAGUGUUUUAAUGUAGAUUUGACUUAAUAUAAAAUUUAGCCUAGGCUUUGUAUAGAACAUAAAUUGCACUACACACACAUAAAAACUCGACGGAUAGAUUUAUCUAUUUACAUAAAUGAGGAGGGAGGAUGACGAAAAAAUGAGACAUAAAUUGCAACUGAUUGAAGACCUUUCUCCUAAUUUUCUCCUACUCCAAUUUCUUUCUGGCUUUACGAAGUUUCGACUUUCUUUCAGUGUCGGAUUAUUAAAAAGCUCGAAAAGAUAUUUUCUGUGGAUGCAUAUUUUAUUAAGAAAUGAAAAUGCGUCAUUUGGUAAUCUGCUGACGGAAGUGGAACUUUUUCUAGAAGCGACUUAGAUAACAACUGUCUGUACGUUUUGGUAGAUCAAUUUUUUAUCCAUCUCACACCUUGAAGAAGAAACAACACCACAAAUUGCGAGCUGUAUGAAAAAUUUGUUAAAAUCAGAAAGUGACAUUCGGUUAGCAACAGAUUUACAAUUUGAAGACGUCUCCAAAAUUUAAUUAUUUGACGCUUUGAUUAAUUCAGGGAAUAAAAUUGAUUCGAGAAUUUAGGCAAAAAAAUUAAUCCUGGGGGAAAAUGUCCCCAGUGAAAAUUGGGGCUUUUUAACAUCUGUGGACAAGGACUAAUUCAAAAUUCAACCCAUAAGUCCCCUCCUCCCCCGUGGUUAGUUGAGCAUGAUUCCUGCACCAUCCAUACAGACACUCCUUGCGGAUAAUGUAAUUAAUUAAUAACCCUUCCAAAAUGUAACGUCCAAUUAAAUUCCUUCUGUCCAUCAUCUAAUCCUAAUCCAAUCUACGGCACGACGUGACACUACUCCUCUCGCCAAUAUUUAGCACUUUUCGAUUUAAUAUAUUUACGGAAAGAUAACGAGGGCAGAAUAUUUAACAUCUCGGAAAAAAACGUUAAUAACAGGUCAGGUUUUAAGGCAGGCUUACAAUUAGGCUAUAAUUUUUAUAAUGCGUCUUUCUUCUAAUUAUUCAAUCCACACAGUUAUGUAUGCAAAUUCCAUUAAUCAAUUAUGCAUAAAUUUCUGAUUGCGGCGUGAAAUCUUAACAUAUUUUGAAGUGGAAAGCUUAGUUUUAAAGGAAUCAAUAGGAAAAUCGCAUUAUUUUUACCCCCAAAAAAUUAUUUUUGUCAAAAUCGGUCGAAAUCGUGUCAAAUUUUUAGUAACUAUUUUCUUUGUCAAUGAUUAAUGCUAUUUUUGCCCUGUUCAAGUUUUUCUUCUACGAUCCAGAGAACUUUCUGCAUGCUGAAAUCUAAUUAAAAUCUCAAAGUUAAAGACAAGUAAAACUAACUAACUGUUGUAUGUACUACUAAUCUUAAUCACACACAUACAUAUUGCACACACCACUACUAAACUAACUAAUCCGUCAGCCUGCAGUAAAAAAAAGUAUGAUAUAGAAUUACUAUAAAUCACAAAAAAAUUUAAAAACAAUAUGAAAAAAAAUCGUACAAAAAUACAUCCACGCCGACACAGUGUAAGAUAAAAAAAUAUAUAAUUGGUAAAUAAAUGGUUUCAAAAUGGGGUGGGAUCCAUCAGGUCAUAGGUCAAUAAUUUUGAAUUUACGGCUACAUUUACACCAAGGAAAAAUGUAAACAAUCCACCUUCCCCGUUCGCCUAGCACCCUUUCUCCAAUGGAUUUCUCUAUUUUUAUACUGACAAAAAUGGGCGUAUUCUUAAGGUCGUUGUCGCAGGGGGGGUGCUACGCGAACGUCAAUGCGAAGGGUUCGUCGUGACCACCACGUAAAUAAAUCAGCCGAGAAAAACAAUGUGAUUGGGUCACAAAUCAGGAAAAUUUGAAAAACGGGUAAAAAAUAUGUGGGGAAAAUUUUAAGGUGCGAGAAGAACAGAGUUGAAAUGGAAUUUUUCCCGAGCCACCACCACCACCAGACCUCCUUCUUUACGAUGAUAAGUAAAUAUUGACCAUGUGAAGUGAAUCAUAUCAUUAAUGUACCUCUCUUAUCGUAUAGUAAAUUAAUUAAUUAAUUAAUUACUUAAUUAAAUUAUUAUGUAUGUAUAUUGUCAAGUCAAGUCAAUCUUAUUGUAGAUAAUUAAUUAAUGUAAUUGAGUAUGUGUAAUAUUAAAAACGACAAAAAUUCUGAA